AUGGGCGGGUGGAAGCUGGAAACUUUUCGCUUUGGUUUGAUGGUCAUAUUUCCAGUUGCUGCAUUUUGGUUUUUCAACCAACCGUCUCUAUUCAAAUUCUUUAUGAAAGGCUUUAAGUUUCCUGAUAAUCGUGAAGGUGAUGCAGCUAUUGCUCAAUUCAAAGAACAACUUCUUGCCGAAAAACGGAAGAAAGAGUAUGAGGCACUUCUGCGAGAGCAAAUGGCUUUUGAGGAAGCUCGUCGACAAAGAGAAAAGCUAUAUUAG